AUGGCAGAACCAAGCUCUAAAGAACCGGCAACUGCGUCAGACGGCGAGCCAUGGACAGUCGAGAAAGUAUUAGGCGGCAAUGAUCUAGUCCAUUCAUCCAACUCACCAAUCUCAUUCUUCCAUCUUCUCGGCCUUCUCAAAACUACCAAGCGUGAGGGCUGGAAGAGACAUGGAAUCGACCCCGAGUCGGUUGCGGAUCAUUCAUAUCGAAUGGGCAUGAUAGCCAUGUUUGCACCACAGGGCCUGGAUCAAGCAAAGUGCAUGAAGAUGUGUCUUGUCCACGACAUUGCCGAAUCUGCCGUGGGCGACAUCACCCCGUUCAGCGGAGUGUCCAGGACCGAGAAAGGCAGAAGAGAGGCUCUGACCAUUGACUACAUAGCCACUCGCUGGUCUGGUUCACACACAACUGAGAUCCACGAACUCUGGCACGAAUUCGAGGCCGGCGAGACCCCGGAGGCUCAGUUUGCUCAGGACAUUGACAAGAUCGAGCUCCUCUUGCAAGCGGUGGAGUACGAGAGGACCAGCGACACUCAACGAGACCUGGGUGAGUUUAUGGGAGUCGCGCGUAAACUCCGCUCUGAAGCUGGGAAGACAUGGGCGGAUGAGAUUCUAGGUGAGAGGGAGAAGUUUUGGGAGGGGCGACAGCAUUUGAGAGGAGAGCAUGCUGAGAAGGGAGGUCUUUCUGCAGAGAUGACAAAGGCACAUGAUGCGUAUUAUGGAUAG